CCCCCCCAGUUCCACCGCCUCUCAUUUCUCCCCUUUUUCUUCUUUUCCACUCUACCGAAGGGAGCAGCGAACGCUUGAUGCUCCUGCUUCCUCCUGCUACACAUCCCAGACUGAGCUGCCCACAUCUCAUUACCCCCCAGCAACCCGGCCGGAGGAGACUGGAGCCAGAACGUAGCAAGAGCGCCGGUUGUCCCAAGUCGCUCCUUUAGCCGUCCGCCAUUUGCCUCUGCCAGCCAGCUUUUUCCGUCUGCCACCACCGUGCCCAAUCCCCCCCCGUCGCGCCUUUCAAAACUACGCCCACCCCCCCCCCCAAAGAAAAAAACCCUAUCCUUUCAAAUUACCUGAUCAUACAAUACCGAUACAUUACAUUACAUUACGACUACGACUCGUUCCCCCAUUCCUACUUCCCAUUUUAUUUCACUUUCCCAUUAACUAAUCCUCCUCCUCCUCGCUUAUUACAACCUGGAUUCGUCUCAACUCAUUCUUCGCCCUCAUCAACACCACCACUCUCCGGGAACCAGAAUGCCAUUGAGACGGCGUGUAAAACCAUGAGGUCCCUCAGCCAAAACCGCUCUUUCGGAAAUAACCAUUCUUCCCGUUCACAUAUACCUAAUCACAAUCAUCAUUGCUCCCAAUCGUUAGCAUCUCCUGCUGCUACUCCCCCUCAAUUACAUCCCCCUCCUACUUCUGCGGUUGCUACGUUGAGGGAUUGGCGGGAGGAAAACCCCUGUGCUCACGGUGCAAUGGAGUGCCAUAACAAUCAUUUGGUUGGGCACUCGUCGAACAAUACUUCCACUACUACCUCUAGACACGCAUCGACAACUUCAAUGUUUUCUCUUGCAAACCUUCACCAGCCUCAUAGCCGUAAUCCCACUCCGCCGACCCCUAUGUCAUCCCCUGGUUUGUACAGUCCUCCACAUAUUUCACCUUCCGACAGGACCGUCAUGGGCCCCCAUCUCCACCCUAGCCAGUAUCGCCAACCGGAACAUAAUACUUCGGUUAGGGAAACACAUUUACUUGAUCUUGACUUUGACCCAAUUUCCGGCAGGAAGAUCAUAAACCACUAUUCUAUUAUCGACGAGAUCGGACGAGGCGUUCACGGCAAAGUGAAGCUCGGGACCGACCUUGACACGGGCGAGUUGGUGGCCAUCAAGAUUGUGGAGAGAUCACAGGAUCGCCCUAGACUGGGUCGCCGCGGUGAUGGUGAAUCGGAGAAGAAAGUCCGUCGGGAAAUCGCUAUCCUCAAAAAAUGUUGUCACGAGAACGUGGUCCGGUUACUCGAGGUUAUCGACGAUCCUCAAAGUAAGAAGGUUUAUUUGAUCUUGGAAUAUGUUCAACUGGGUGAGAUUAUUUGGAGAAAACCUGGCGUUAGCUAUGUUCCUUCUCUCACGAUUGAACAAGCACGUUGCACGUUCCGUGAUACAGUUCUCGGUUUGGAGUACUUGCACUACCACGGCAUCAUUCAUCGUGAUAUCAAACCCGCGAACUUGCUGUGGACUCAGGACCGCAGGGUCAAGAUAUCUGAUUUUGGAGUGAGCUUUCUUGGGAGACCGAUUAGGGAUUAUGAGGAUGGUUGUGAUGGCGAGGAGGCUACUGGGCUUGAGCAGAACGAGUUGGAAUUAGCCAAAACAGCUGGCACUCCAGCGUUUUUUGCACCCGAGCUUUGUCAUGUCGAUCACAACCAGCCACGACCUCAAAUCACUAGUGCAAUUGAUGUCUGGGCUCUCGGUGUCACGCUUUACUGCCUUGUCUUCGCUCGCUGCCCCUUCAUGGCAGACAACGAAUACCAGCUUCUUAGAGUCAUUGCGAAGGACGAGCUCGUGAUUCCUAACCGUCGACCGAUUGACGUUGAUCUCAAAGACUUGCUCAAACGGCUCCUUACAAAAGACCCAACCAGAAGGAUAACUUUGAGAGAGGUUAAGCGACAUCCGUGGGUUCUCCACGGCAUCGCUGAUCCUUGUGCCUGGGUUGACGAAACGGAUCCGGAGAGAAUGUCUGACGGCAACAGGAUCGAGGUUACCGUGGAAGACGUGGAGAAGGCUGUUUCUAGUGCUGGUGUGUUGAACCGGGCUAGAAGCGCUGUCAAGAGAGCUGUCGAAUGGGGGAGGGGGCUGCGUAGGAGAGCUAGCAGCACUGCAAAUGUGAUUUCGACGAAGGAUAUGAAGAUCUUGGCUGAGAAGGAAAGGGAAGUUACAGCAACUAGAUGUUGCCCAAGUGCGCAUUUGGGUGAUGAUGACGGGGAACUGCGCUGGAUGGGGAGCAAUCCUCAGUGGAGGGACGAGGAUAAGUCCCUGCUUUCUGCGUGCUCGGCGGCCAACAAUACAGCCUCUUCCGAUCCCGUACGGGAUGGGGGCGGCUACUGCGGUUCCAACGGCGAAUCAUUGGAUCCCAACUCACCCCGUCGGUCAGAUUCUGAAUCUCAAAGAUUGCAGAGAAAGUGUUCAUCCUCUCUCUGCGCUCCAUCGCGACGCCAUGCUAUUGCUGGUAACGAACCCAGUGGAACCAAUGCGGGUUUCCAUCGGACGCAUGGAAAUCUCUCCCAGGGUGGACCAACCGAGAAUCCUCACAUUUCCCGGUCGGACACCUCUUUGAGGGCACCGAGUUACGGUCAUCACGCAGGCAGCUUGAUUGGAAAUGGGGUAAGACGAGUGGUUCGCAGUAUGAGAAGUGGAGGGUUUCAUGAUAAUGGGGACAAAGUGAAAGGAUCGGUGAGUCGGGAGUGCAGCCCAUUGAGAGUGCGGGAUCCACUCGCAGGUGCACUGCGUGGUGAUCACUCUUUCUAUGCCUAUGGAACUGGCUCGCUGCAUGUUCAGAUUCCUAAUGGUCGGAGGCAUAGUUAUGCUGGAAUCGACGUUGACGGAUCGGUGAUUGACAACAACCGGCUUUCCGCCAUCGAUUGCAAACCCCGAUGGGAUAGAGAGAUUAGUAAAAAAUUCGCUUCGUUCACUAUGAAAGAUAAAUCAUGCCCUACGAGCCCCGACGAUGAGGUGUCCAUGGAAAAAAUUUGGGAAAGGGAUCAGCAAAAGGCGUUUUUGCGACAUGAGGAGCGUAACAAGUAUACCUCCCCCGGAGCGUCUAAUGCGGAUGUCACCCCUGGUUGGACGAAAGAGAGCUACUACCACCCUUCUCAUGAGUCGCCCACGCCUCCGAUUAUGAUGGAACGAAGGCAUCGUGGUUUCUUUGAUGACCAUAUCCAAAUGCCCAUGAAUUCUGGCCAACAAAGCCACCUCGUUUCUUCGUCUAGCGAGGAACAGUUCGCUACAACUGCCGGCUCAAGUCUCACCAAUUCUACAAGUUUCCCGUCCGUGCCAAGCAUAGUGUCGGAAAAUAGCUCUAUUAGCAGUGAAUUCUUCAACAGCCGUUACUCUCGGAAGAACUCCAUUGCCGGGGUUGUGCACGAAGAAGAGUUCGACAUGAAUUAUCGCCCGCCUACACCUUUCCAUCAGAGCAGGCUUUCGGAUAUCAGACAGAUCGACUCCGAUAACGAGCAUGAGAUGGAUGACGAUCCUGACGAUGAUGACGACAGCGAUGGGGGUUUCAUAAUGGAAGUCCCACCCCCCAAGAAGAGUGUGCGAAGUGAGAGCAUUGCUGUCGACAAGCUCGCCAGGAGGCCUCUUGACCCUAUCGAACCUGUGCCGCGCACAAGAAGGCGAAGCAGAAGCAGCAGCGCAGCCCUCAAAAACAAGAAGGCCCGUCGAGGCAGAACCAAGGAGAAGGUUGUGACCGGAGAUUAGCGUGUUUCUUAUCUUCUGCUACUUGUCACAAGAAUUUUACCCCACCGAAAGGGAUUCAUGGGCCGAUUUUCUCGGAUUGCGGUAACAUUUUCUACAUUUUGCUUUCCUUUCCUUUCUGUCCCCUGAUGUUUUCUUUCCGCUUUGCAUAGGGAUUUUUGCUGUUUCUCUCCCCAUUACCUCCACAUUUCGUUUAUCAUUCCCAGUACCCCGUUUUUUUCCCCGGACCUCAUUCCUACUUGGAGCAUAUCUCUUUCGCUGUAAGUAUUAAUCCUCUUUGUAAUAUUUUCUUAUAUCUCUGGGGGCUGGCUUUACACCCGUGUUAAUUCUCGGGUUGAAAAGUUUCUUUUUCUUAUUUUAUUUCUUACUCUCUUUCCCAUUUCCCUACUCCUUAUGUUUCCCGGUUCCUUUUUUUUUUUUUUUUUUUACGCUUUGGGAUUUGCUAUAGAUGGAUGCUCUCGGUGUUUGACUUUUUACGCUUACGAGUGAAUGGAUUUUGUCGAUUACUUAGGGACUUUGGUUUGGCUGGCUGGUUUAGUUUGGUCUGGAUUCUGGGCAACAGGUCAAUUGGUUUGUCGGUGGAUAAUCGGUCGGUAGUUCAGUGUUUGCUUAAUGGGUGGGACCUGCAGUAGGUGGUGGGAAAGAAUGAGUGAAUGAAGAUGGAAGAUGGAGGAAGGAAGGGUUCCCCCAAACGAGCUUGGUAUCGGAUUAGGUCUAUAGAUGUACAGCCAAUCUAACCUUUACAAGUA